CCGUUGCCGCUGGGUUUUUUCCUACCGCAUGCAUGGCGGUUCGCCGUCAUGCCUCGGAAGAGAGAAAGAAAUUCAUCACACCACCACCCCCUCCCAUCAGACCCUGUUCAGCUAGCUAAUGAUGCAGUCUCUCUUCUUUCGCAAUCUAACUCCGAUUCCGCCGAAACCGAAUCUUCUCUCACCAUCGACUCCAUCAAGCCCAAGAUCCGCGAACAGAAGCAGAAGAAGCCUGCUCCCGCUCCCACUCCUGCUGCCUCCGAAGCCCCCCAAGAUGAUGCGCAACAACCCUCCCCCGAAUCUGCUUCGAUGAUGUCCCCUGAGGAGCUUGAGGCCGAGGCCGGCCAGGAAGGCGCCUUCAACCCCGAGACCGGCGAGAUUAACUGGGACUGCCCUUGUCUGGGCGGUAUGGCUCACGGACCCUGCGGUGAGGAGUUCAAGGCUGCUUUCAGCUGCUUCGUGUACUCCUCUGAGGAGCCUAAGGGUAUUGACUGCAUUGAGAAGUUCAAGGGCAUGCAAGACUGCUUCAGACUACACCCCGACGUGUACGGUGCUGAGCUCGAAGAUGACGAGGAGGCUGCUGCUGCUGCCGUUCCCGCUCCCGAGGCCCGUGACGAGCAGCCCGUGACGGCCGCUCAGAUCGAAGCUGCCUCCCACCCCGAGGAGAAGCGCGCCCAUGCACAGGAGAUCAACGCCCAGACGAAACAGGAACUCGCCGAGAAGGGUGAACUGGCUGAGGCGGAGACCUUGGUGCCCAAGGCGGCUCAUGAUGCUGUUCCCCAGACGGAGAAAUAA